ACAGAACUCGUAGAAUUUGUUUGUGGGGGAGUGAUGGGAGGCAAGUCGAGAUCAGUCGGGUGGGAAAGGUUAGCACAUAACAGUAUAUAGCUUGCCUAUUGUGUGUGCUUCUGCUGCUCUUGCUUGAAUAUUUCAUAAUCCGUGGCAUCCCAAGGUGGUCACAUGUGUGAGGUGGCAUGGGUAGGCGACCAUGUCAUUUGGGAAUGAGGGCUAUCAAACUACAUGGAGUGAAGACCCUGGACGAAAGCCAUCCAGGGGGCCGCCACUGAUGGGGGGACGCUGUGAGAGCUCCUCCUCACCCCUUAGUUCACUGCGGCGGAUGGCCCCCAUCAUUGUUUUCUCUUCACUGCUCUUUUGCCUCGUUCUCUACUACACCUUUCCCAUAGGUGCUGCAGCAAUAUAUGCUCCAUCAGCAGUAUCUGAGACCACUGGGCUGGAUUCCGUCACAACAGAGGCUUAUCGCAAGCGGCUUCGCAUCCGAGGCACCCAGAGAAGACUGCCCCAAGCCUUGAUCAUCGGAGUGCGUAAAUGCGGGACUCGAGCCCUGAUAGAGAUGCUAAAUCUUCAUCCCCAUAUUCAGAAGAACGGAAUUGAGAUGCAUUUCUUUGAUGAUGAUGAACGAUAUGCAAAUGGCUUAGAGUGGUAUAGAAAAAGAAUGCCGUACUCUUUUGAUAAUCAGGUUACAAUAGAAAAGACGCCAUCGUACUUUAUAUCACGUGAGGCUCCUGCCAGAAUACGUGCCAUGAACGAAACCAUAAAACUGUUGUUAAUCGUGCGGGAACCUGCAAUGAGGGUCCUGUCUGAUUACACUCAAAUAAUGGAAGCCAAAAUGCGGAAAGGGAGACAGGUUGCCCCAUUCCACAAGAAAGUGCUCACUCCUGAUGGUGAAAUUAAUGACGGGUUCAAAGCAAUACAGAUCAGCCAGUACGCAGUGCAUGUCUUGCGUUGGCUGAGAGAAUUUCCUCGGGAACAAAUACAUAUCAUCGAUGGGGAUAACCUUGUAGCUGAUCCCUUUACUGAAAUUGAUAAGGUGCAGCGGUUCUUGAGACUUCCACUUCAUAUAAAACCAGAUAAUUUCUACUUCAAUGAGACAAAGGGUUUCUAUUGUAUGAGAAAUGAAACUUUUCAAAAAUGUUUAGCUGAUGCUAAGGGUCGACCACAUCCGUACGUCGAUCCUGCAGUAAUGUCCCGGUUACGUAAGUUUUUUGCCCCCUUCAAUGAGCAGUUCUAUGAGAUGGUGGGAAGAAAUUUUGGAUGGCCUUCCUCCUAAUACACUUUAGCAACCAUGCUUAGCAGGUACAGAAAUAUUUUUCUCCAAUGCUGGAGCGGUUUCCAGUGCUGAUGUACAAGUGUCAUAGACUGAUUUUGUAUAUUUUGUAAUUAUAGUACAAUUUUAUGGUGAUGAUCAUAUAUUUUACUAUGAUUUAUGAUAAUGUGAUUGACCUGUGUCCACCAUGUUGCAGUGUUUGUCACUAAUGUUGGGAAGUGGUUGUGCUUGUCAUGGUUUACUGCAGUAGUAAAAUGACACAAAUAAUAAUAAAUGACACGUUCAGGAAAGACUGAACAAUGCUAUGAACCAAUCUGGAUCAUUAGGAAUGUGUUAAAGAUGAACUAAUGAUCAAGGAUGGUGAAAAACUUUGUAUUUAUUAUAUUUUUAUGAUGUUAAAUUUGAGAAGAUGAAAAUGCAGUGGUUAUUCAAUGGGAGAUGGCACAUGCCAUCGCACAUAUGCAGUUCAUAAUAACUUCAAUUAUUUUUAACUAUAGGACAAAAAUCAUCUAUAUUGCAACUAUCUUGUAUGGUGUAUCUGAUGGAGCUUCAAUGAAAGGAAUUUCAUAUUUUUAUUUUCUAAAGAGUUUUGUAGGUUUUAUUGUUAAGUAUCCCAGCAUCGAUACUGAAGCACUCUACUUUAUUUAGCUGAGUGUUUAUAAAAUAGUCACUGAACUUCAAUGGGUGGCCACAAUUGAGCUGAUAUAUUGUAGUGUUUUACUGAUUACAAACUGAAUAAGGGCCCCCCAAAUUCGCGGGGGUUAGGUUAUAUCAAAAUGGCUGCGAAUCGCCAAAUCAGUGAAUAACAUAUGCGGAUGGGGGGGGAUACAUUUUACUUGUGUACAAAGAAAUGCAUACAGUAUUCCCUUUAUGUGUUUGCCCACAGGACAAUUAUUUCUUUUACCUGUAUUGUAUAUAUGUGUGUGUGUGUGUGGAGAC